AACACAGCAAACGUGAAUUCAAAUGCGAGUCAACUGUCCAUAGAGCUGUUAGAGAGAGAGCACCAUUAGAUCAGUGUGUGUCUGUGAUGACACUACAAACACAUCAGAUCAUACACCUGCGUGACGCUUCUCUACGUCUAACAGCACAGUAUUCAAUCUAAAGCAUGAUCAUCCAUAAAACUGACAUGUAGAAACACAGCAACAGACAUGUAAUCAGCACAGCAGUCAACUGAUCUUCUGUUUCUCGGGUAUAACGAUGAUAUAUGCAAAUAUCACACACACGCACGCACGCACGCACGCACGCACACACACACACACACACGCACGCACACACGCACACACACACACACACACACACACACACAGUCAGGAAACAAAAGCUCUAUAUCUAUAAACUACACAAAACAAAACAUCAUAUCUACACACAACUGUUUCUGUGUCCCAGACUCAAACACACACACACACACGCGCGCACGCACGCACACAAUAAAGUUGAACACACACACGCACACACACACAAUAAAGUUGAACACACACACAGCUGUAAGUUCAUCAUCUGCGCAACACAUGUCUGAUGUUUUAGAGACCACCUUUAAUGUGGUGUCUGUCUCAGAUGAAGCAGGUAAACCAGUAUUUCUUGAAUGUUGGCCUGUAAACAGUGCUUUGGUUUGAUUUGAAUAUGAGUAAAUAAUGCAAAUAAAUGCCUUUUACUGCCUCAACCAAUGGAAAACAUACACAUUAGUGAAAAACCCCGAGGACAGCCCAUAGAGACAGCAUUUCACACAACAACAUGUCAAAGUCAUGUGCAUGAAGACUGAAGAACAAGACUGUGCUCGUGCAGUAGUUCACUCUCAUUACAAGGUGACUAUCAUUUGUGAACAAUGGAGAGAAGAAAGCAGGAGGAGAUCGAGGUCUCCACAUCACAUCAGACAACAGGAACCCUAGCACUGAAGAACUUCACUAUACCCAGAAAGAAACGGACCUCUGGACAAGUUGUAUUGGAACGGUGUCCAGAAGAGAGUCGAGAUUACACUCUCAUACAGUCAAAACUGAGAGAUUCCAGGUUGGACACGAGAAAAGACCGUGCGAACACGUGGAUCUGGAAAGAUGUUCAUUUAGUGCACAAUGACGAGCUUCUUCAAAAGUUUUCAGAAAAAAGGGUAGAGAUGCGUGCCAAGGGAAGACAUGGGAGAGAAAUGGAGGAAAGAUUCUGUUUUUUGGUUGCAUCAGAUCAAGACAUGCCACACAUGUAUCAGGAUGGUCUGAAGGUUGGCAGCUCCGUCCAACACACCCUUGGAAAGCCAGCACAUGGAGUAUAUUUGUUUAGACAUGUUGAUGUGGCAUUGAAGUCAACAACCAGCACAAGUGCAACACAUCUGUUGAUUUUCAAGGUUCUUUAUGGAAAGGUGAGAAAAAUUGCACCGAACUUGACCUGGAAGAAAAGUCAGGAUCCUGUAGUCAGCUUUGACUGUCACAUGUCGAAAGAUGCCCUGUCCCCUCGAGAUACUCCUCUCCAGCAAGUCCUUGGCUCUUCUGUUUUUCUGUUUGACUUUAAUGAAAACCAGGAGCUCAACGAAAGACCCCGGCAGUGUCUGCCGUACGCUGUUGUUUCAUAUGCUCCUGCCAGCAGUGUCAUUCUGACCACAUCACUGAACUUACCAUUCUCACCUACAAGUCAUGAUGCAGCCGACCAUUUUCAGGCGUGUACUGUGGCUCAGAGAAAAGGAAAAGGAGACACUGCCACCAUCACUUAUAAACAUUUCGGCACAACUCAGAAUCCAGGAGUCGACUAUGUAUAUCAGAAGGCCGAUGUGCAAAGCAUUCCCAUCAGCCACAACUCAAUGCUAGAUCACACUACUGUCUCCCAAAACCUGCUGCGAGAGGAAGCAAAUCACAAACGAAACACUGCUGGCACGCGAGAAACAUGGGACAAAUGUGACACAACACCUCAAAGUCCAAUAGAUAAAGUUUCCACAAUAGUAUAUUCCUCCCGCUCAGUGAGGGAUCCUCGUCUGUCUAGACGAGAAGCAAACCAACAGAGCAAUUUUUCAGCGGAAGAAACAUUACGCACAGCCUCCAGAAACGAAGAUGGCCCCCAAAACGAAGAUGCAAAUUCUGGAUUUGUGACAGCUACAUCAGAGUCCGGUCCAAAAGAGCCAUCAAAUGAUGAGUGUUCCCUACAAUGCUCACUCAACAUAUGUGUGCAUACGCAAAAGCAAAAAGCAGAAACACUGCCAUCAAUAAAGCUUUUUAAAAUGAAGUUCCAGAAAUAUGCAAAAUAUUUCAGGCUGAAUGAGGAAGAGAGGCACAACAAAAUCUGGUCACUAGAAAACAUGUCACCAGAGCAAAAGCGAACAUUAUUAGACCGUAUACAAUUCUACGAGGUUUAUUAUCAGAAGUACAAAAAAGGGUUGCUUUAUCAAAACGUCAACGGGGUAGAGACAGAGAAGACCUCCAGUUUAUCUCUGAAACAGCCCCAAGAAAAUCACAUUACGCUGUCACAGUCUGAUGUGAGUCAGACAAUAAAUAAUAAAGCUAAUAAUUCAUCCAAAACAACAUGUUUUGUUGACAGCAGAAACACUGACAACACAUACAUGAAUCAGAGCAAACAUCAACAUGAUCCAGAACAUUGUGCCGGGAUAUUACCAGAGAACAAGCAGGAUCAGGAGUAUGUGCAACAUGUCAAUGGUUGUCUGGUUUCAAAGCCAUUUUUGGAAGUAGGAUCAUUGAAUCUCAAUCUCAUGAAUGAAAACGUUUAUCUCAAGGAACAUGCACCUUCAAGUUGUUCUUUUAGAGAGAAGAGCAAUCAAAACAUAAAACACCAAAGUGAACCCUCCACAGGUACAGGAGAGGACACUGGAAAUGAAUCUGGUCUGGUUGAAUUGGUUGAAAGACCGGGUCAUGAAUCAGUCAAUAUGUUUGCAGACAACAUUACAGCCAUGGAUAUUGCAAGCUUUGUUGAAGGCCUUAGCUGUGGGAUGUCAGAAAACGGUAAUCCCAACUCUGCAAUGGCAGAGAGGCGAGAACAGGAUGGACAAAAUUACAGGAGCUCUUUUUUCCCAAACUCAAUAUCACCAGAACUUAAUGUGGCAACAUUACAAGAAAACAGCAGUACUCACAUUGGACUGUACCAAAGACUUCAACUUGAUGAACUGGUUCCAAGCCAAAAUGGCGUGCAGAUUUUCUCUUCCAGAGCUUACCUUACACCUAGAGUUACACCUACAGACACCAAAGAUCAGAGCAAAACAGAGCCCCGGGGCAUGAGGUGCUGGAAAGAUCCUCAUCUCAUAGUUACGUUAAAAGCCAACAAUACACCUGCCCAUACAGCAGGAACAAUUGCUCUCUCCGAACGCUUUUCAAAACUCAAAAGCUGUCAAAAAAAAGCAUCUGCCCUUGUGGAGGAAUAUAACGAAACAGGGUCCAGUAAUGUUAAACUGAUAAAACUACUAGCAAAGAGGUACAAUAUGACUAAAUUACAUGCCAAAUGCAGGAGCUUGAAUAAACCUCAGACCUCAGCUCUCGCUCUAGGUCGCUCUCUGAGGACAAAAUAUGUCAAGAAGAAGCAUUUUUGGAAAGUAAAAAAAUCGAUUUGCUCAAAUGUGGUGUCAACUGAGAGUUCCCAUGAAGCAGCACAUAGGACUACAACAUCAGACAACCCAUCACAUACCUCUAAGAUAGAUCUCCCAGAAAGUACUGAUCAGGAACCAGACCCCAAUUUAAGAAAAAUGUCCCACACAUCUGAUGCUGCCUGUGACGAACAACAGUUACACAUCCAGGUUAAUCAGGGGGCUAAUGCAAUUACAAAUCUAUUCCAAGACGUUUGUAGUCCAAUCAAUGACCUCAUACCAUUGCCUGGAUUCAAGACCAGUUCUGAGACCAAAGAGGAAGAAACAAAACCUGUAGAACCACUUUUGUUAGAUUCAUUCUGUACUAACACGAACAAGCCAACAGAUGAUAUUACUGUCAACCCAAUUCCAGUAAUAGUGAACAAAGUCGAGCAGGUUAAAGACACUGCAAAUGAAAAUAAGACCUCUUUAAUCAAACAUGAUAGCAAUGAAGACAUAAGCCAAGACUAUGCGUGUACAUUUACAGAGGAAAAAAGUGUGUUACAGGAAGUGACAUCACACAUGACACCAGAUCCAUUAUGUAGAGUGGAACUCAAUUCAGAGAAAUUGUCAGAAGAUGUGAAAGCUUCUGAGAGCCUGAGUUCAUUCAGUCAGCCGAUGACACUCCUAACUCCAAAAUCCAAAGUGAUGUGUGAUAGUGAAGUGGAUUAUAUAGAAACUUGUGAAAUAAAUAUCCCAAAUAACAAUCAGUCAUCUACCAACGCAAAGAGUGGUGCUUGGGCUAUUGAUACAGAGACGAACAGCCAAAUGGAAGUGUUGAUAGAAGAGGGUCCAUCAGAUUUACAGCACUGCACUAAACAGGCUUGGAAAUGUACUUCAAAUAACAUUCCAGAUCUUACUGAUGAAAAUUCUUCUUUGAGUGGCCAAUGUGAGAUGGCUCCAGAACACCCAAACAGCAUCAACACAAGUUUGCUUGAUGUUAAAGUUUCAGAUACCAAACAUGCAAGCGCCGCCAUGAUAAAUGAAAACUGUCAUUUUUACAGACCAGAACAAAACCAAAACUAUGAUGUUGACUCUCCAGAAACACAGCUCAUUUCUAAAUUGAGAGAUUAUUUGACCAAAUUUGAGUCCAGCGUCAAGAAACAAGAAGCAGCGAAUGAAGGUCUGAGGGACAAACCGGUGGUGUGGAUAACUCUUGACAGCACAGCUCAUAAACAGCAGUUAGCUGAUAAAGGCCAAUACAGGAGCAGGCCUAACGAUGAAGCUCAAACCGGGCAUGAUGUGUAUUUACUAGUGCCUGCUGAAUCCAAGAGAGGCAGAUCUUCUCAAGCCAAACGAACCAGCAGGAAUAAAUCAAAGAGAGCAAGGUGGAGCUCGUGUCCUAGUGUGAGUCCUGACAGUACCAGCGCUCUUGACACGGUCAAAGAAACAAGUCCUCAACCCUCGGUGAACAACGGGACAGCAGCUCUCACAGAAAUCUCCCUCAGUAAUGAAGCCAAACCACAAUUCAUGCAAAGUAAAGAAUCUACAAGUUCAAUCAUCUGCUCCCAAGACCCAGUGGACACGUGUGGGAACGGCGAACACAAGCCGCACACGAAUCGAGAAAUCGUUGAUGACGGCGAUGUCAGCAGUUCAUUUGUCUCCAGUGACUUGAGUGUCAACGACAUUUCGAACACUCUUAAAAUGGCCGAUCAAACAAGCUCUUUAGCUGAACUGGGAUCUCUGCAAUCUAAAUGCAAGAACAUGCUGCAGCAGUUCAUCUUAAAAUUCGAACGAGAUCAGAUCGUUUCAUUCAAUCAAUCUUUUGUUUCAAGGAAUCUCAUCGUAGAGCAAUAUUUAGACCAUCCGCCUGCACAUGUAGAUCUUAAGUACGAAGCGGUCAAUUCUUACCUGGAGUUGCAGAUGAUGAUGGAAGCAUGGCAGUUUGUAGAAAAUAAAAUGAACUUUCUGAAAAACAAGCCUACAUUUCGGAGUUUGCUUUGGUACGAUCCUUCUCUUUACGGUGAACUGUAUAAGGGGGAGGUUGGGUUUCAGCAGCAGUCGUCAUUGUUUACCUCUUUCCAGAAGAUGUUGGCACAGGAGGGCUACGCUAAACUGCAGGAGUACUACAUGACACAUGUUUCCAGAAUAUACCAGCAGUUACUCGUGAACCCUGAUGCGUCUUACUACAUGUAUCUGAAAAGCAAGCGUGAGGUGUUCGAAAUAGAAGCUGCUGUCAGGAAUCCACACGAUGUCAAAUACUUCUUUUUGUCCGUACCGUUGACUGCUAUGAUCAAUUUCGGAGACAGUUUGGAAAGUUUAGAAAAUGUGCACAAAGUUAUAAUGACUUUUGUUGAAACACCAUCAGAUCAGUUGCCAGGGACAUUUGAUGUGGGCAAAGCAGAGCAUCUAUCCAUCACGUGCAGAUACCUGCAAGAAAAAGCCUUUUUUAUAAGGUCGUGCAAAGAAACCCUUACCAAAGUGUCAUGGUUUGGGACUGAGCACCUUCUUUAUGAUGCCUCUAAGAUCCUCAUAUGGCAAGACGUGGGUCAAGGGGUGUCGAAUGAAGUCCUCAAAAUGUAUAAGAAUUCAAAUCCUCAAAUUAUAUUCGGGGUGACCGAGUCUGGUGUCACUCUUGUGAAUAAAGUGCAGCAACCCCGUCUGUCUAUGAACGGAGCAGAGAAGUCAGCGGAAAAACAAACGGAUGCUUCCCAGAAACACGAACCCUCUCAAUCCAACGUUCUACAGACCGUAAAUUCUGGAAGGGAGGCGGAUUAUUCAAUGUGUAAAAGAAGGGAAACUCAUCCAGGCAUAACACCACGUACCAUGAAUGAUAAUGGUGCCAACCCACUGUACCAAACUCCAUCAGCCCACGCUGGAAACUCAACCCCAUACAACACACCUCAUCAAAACAACACUUCAGUGCAUUGGGGAAUGAUGAACACCUGGAACGCACCUUCAACAUCUCACGUACACUCUGAAAUCAAGUCUUUUCUCACUAGAAGACGAGUAAGUUCAUCACACGCUGACCAGAGGACCUCUUUAUCAGACGUACGGAGAGUUCAGGCGGUCAGGGAGCAGAAGUGGCCUUUAAUGUUGGCUCCCCAAACAACUUCACAAGCAGAUUCGUUUGUUUCACGCCCACGAUUCCGGAGUGUUAAACAUCAACAAACUAGCACUGCAUCUCAUUGUCCUAUGCCCUCAAAAGAACAAGCAAACCGCUUCUCUUUAGCCACGGCACAGCCGUUUAGUUUACCAAACUUCCCUCUGAAUGCAAAUUUUGUGGCACCUCAUUCUCUCUCACGUUUCCCUGUACCCAACACGCUUCCAGCCAUUAGCUACCCUUACUUUCUUCUGAACGGACAAACAUACACCACUGACUCCACUGCAGCCAUUCAUCCUUAUACUAGAUACUAUCCUAACACCGUUUAGAACUACCAGCUAUGACAUUAAGAUGUACUUUUUGUAAAUUAAUUUUAUUUAUUGCUAAAUUAUUAAAACAUGAUGACAGAUUUCAUGUCCUGGGCUUUGCUAACUAUAAUCCCGUUUCAUAAAUCUUUGAAACAAAUUACUGUAUAUUUUAAAUAUAUUUUUUCAUUUAAUUUAUAUUACAAUGUUUUCUUUUUUUUUUACAAAAAAAGUGUUCUGUUGCUUAAUUCGAAUAUAAAUAAAGAAA